UGUUUCCACAAACGACACGUGUUUAACUGUGCGGUACUUCACAGUUUAACUAUCUUGUACGACAUGUCGUUUUGUUUGUUCAGAAUUUCGUCACCUUCGUUCUGAAUUGUUACGUUUCUGAAGAACUAAUCUUCAAUGAAAUGAACUUCGUUAUUGCUAAAAAUCCAAUUAAUCUUUUCAAUUCUCAUUCACCUUAUUUUCACGAUCGUUUUCGUAACCCUUCGUUUCUUCUUCACAAUUCAAUCACAAAAUGGACAUGUGGUACUAAUACUCUAACAUUAAAAGCUACUUCUGCAUCUACAUCAACUGUCUAUGGUGGUUGGGAUGAACUCGCCAGCUCAGAAGCUUCCGGUGAGUUUGAUUCGUUGCGAAAUUUUCUUGUUUCAGUUGGAAUAGAUGAUAGAAAGAAUGCGUUUGUUUUCUUCUUGGGGAUUGUUUGUGCAAUGGCGAUUUCUAGGGUUAGGGUUUCUACUGUGCUUAUUCUUCCAGCUUCCGCUAUGGUUUUCGCACUUGGUUAUAGCGUAGGGUUUUUGCGAAACGGUAAUUUUUCGUUCGGUGAAUUAAAGUUGAGUGGAAGUGGAAGUAGUAAGAGGAAGGAGAAAGAUGAGAAUUUGAAUUCGAGUGAGAAAUUGAAGAGUUUAAGUGAAUUCCUUGAUGAGAUUGAUGUUGUGGUUAGUGAUUUUAAGAUUGAUUUAGAAAAUGCUAUUAAUAAUAAGAAGAUUAAAAUGGAUGAUUUAUAUGGUUAUGUUGAGGUUAGUGAUAAGAUUAAAUUGUUAAAUUUGAAUGGUAGGAAUGUUGUUAAGAGUUUGGUUGAUAACGAGGAAAAGUUUAAUUGUGUUUUGGUUGAGAAUCAGAAAAGUGGUAGAAGAAAGAAACAAGUUGGAGAAGUUGGGUAUCAGAUGCUGCAAUCUAUUGGAAGUUUGUUUCAGGAAAAUUUGCGUAGCUCGAAUUCGACUAAACUUAGAGAAAGUGUGGAGAGGCAAUUGGAUCAAACUCGAGGAAACGGUGCUUUGCCUCCGGGUGAAGAUAAGCCUUUGAAUUUGGUUGAUGAUAGUAGUAAAUUAAAUGGGAAGUUGGAUUGUUCUCAAGACUCAUUGACGAACUCUGUUUUGGAUAUGGACAGGAAUGGAAGAAUAGGAACUAAUUCUGACAGAGAAAAUUUUGGCGUAGGGGAUAAUCGCAGAAGUGCUGCCAAAUUCCCUGAAAGAGAAGAGUAUAGUUACCGGAACAAAGGAUUGAGGUUCACAAAUAACCAUAGCAUCUCUUUGAAGAUGGAUUCCAGCAGUGUGGCAGACAUGUGGGAAUCCCAUGAAAGCCGGCUUGAUUCUGAAAGCAUUAAAGUCAGAAUGAAACGCGUGGAAAGUGAGACUUCCUUCUUGCAUGAGCAGUUGCUUAAUCAAGGCCAGGAAGCUUUCAGGUCUUCUAUCGACAAGAGGGACAGUGGGCCUGAUAGGUCUCGGUAUGAAGAAGAUAGAGAUAGGAUGAAUUAUGAUGCCGAUCAACUACUUGCUGAUGACUUGUCUGAGAGUGACAAUGAAUUCAAUGCCCCUUCGUCUACAAAAGUUUCAGAUGAUAUAAUGUUUGAUAGAUAUCUCGCUGAAGCAACAGAUCUUCUAAAACAAGCAAAAGAGUUUGUCAAGGGUACUUAUGAUGGCGAACAAGCUGAAAUCAUGUUAUACAAGACUGCAAGUAUACUCUCAAAAGCAGUGGACUUAAAGCCUAUGAGUUUGUUGGCUGUAGGACAGCUAGGAAACACUUAUCUUCUUCAUGGAGAAUUAAAGUUGAAGAUUAGUCGUGAACUGAGAAAUCUUCUCUCGGGAAGUAUCGAACGAUCAUCUGCAAAACGUAGUAGAAUAAUUAAGGAACUGCGAAAUAAAAUUACCAGUAAAGAAGAAGCUAUGCAAUUGCUUAUUGAUGUAUGUGAAGAGUGUGAAGAGCUACUAGUAAAUGCAGGAAGAAAAUAUAGACUGGCAUUGUCAAUUGAUUCAAAUGAUGUCAGAGCCCUAUAUAAUUGGGGCCUUGCACUUUCUUUCCGCGCUCAAUUGAUAGCAGAUAUUGGUCCGGGUGCUGCUUUUGAGGCUGAAAGAGUAUUCUUGGCUGCAAUUGACAAGUUUGAUGCUAUGCUGUUGAAAGGAAAUGUUUAUGCACCAGAUGCUUUGUUCAGAUGGGGUAUGGCUUUACAGCAGAGAUCUCGUUUAAGGCCAGGAAGUAGUAAGGAGAAGUUGAAGUUACUUCAGCAGGCUAAACGGCUAUAUGAAGACGCUCUUGAUAUGGACUCCAAUAACAUACAAGUGAAAGAUGCCUUAUCCUUGUGUGUCUCUGAGCUUAAUUAUAGACAAUUUUAGUCAAUUCAUGGAAAGGGUUAUCCAGAAGAAUCAGUUUGCUUACAGUUCCUGCCUUAGACUAUGAUAUAUCUGCCUUGGAUCCAGCAGCCAGCAGCCAGCAAGUAUAUUUGCAUAGAUGGCCUUCAGCGUAAAUGAGCUACGGUUCCUAGUUUCAUCUUCUUCCUAUAGAUUUUUCAUAGAAUUAUACAAUGACAGCACGUAUAUUAAGUUAAUAACACAGUGAUAAUAAAGGUUAAAUAAAACCAUUUUUCCUUUAUAUUUUCAAUUCUAACAUUCAUGUCUAAUGCAGCUAUCAUGAAUAUUGGUUAUGUUGGUAUAAAAGAUUUCUUUGAUACA